AUGGCCAACAAACUCAUCACCAGCCAGUGCAUCCGAUUCGGAGCCAUUACGAUGGUGCUGUUUGCAUUGCUCACCGUGGCACCCUGCAGCGCCCGUCCCGCCAUCGAAGGGGACGAGUCGGCUGACGGUAAAAUUGUCAAUCAGAGCGCAAACAUCAACCAGCCCCGAUCGAGCAUACUGGACAACAUAUUCAACAUCCCGAUCCAAACGCUGAAGGCCGUUAACGAUCUGGUGCAGAGCAUUGCCGGAAAUUUGCAGCAAGCCGGUUCCGGCAGCUACUUCCGGGCACGGUCCAGCAACGUGCGCAACAUAAACGUCAACGUGGACGAGGACGAGAACGAGGACGGGAAGAAGAAGAAAACGGACGAGAAGAACUAA